AUGAAGCCAUCUAGGAGCCAUGCUGCUGCCGUGUGCCUUUUUGGCCUUGUAUACUUGAGUCUUGGUGCUCACGUACCUCUCUCCAAGCUCAUGGAGGUUGUGGAAGACGUGGAUGAUGGUCCUCAAGCCAGCCUCCAUAAUGAACAACCGCAAUACACGCUGUUCCUUGACGAGGACGAGCUUGGCAUGGAGCAGGAGUACCAUGGGAUCCAGAAACGAGGAUACUACACUUGCUACAAUCGUCAGACAAACUCCAUCACGGUCCCCGACUGCCAGGCCAUCAUUGACCGCAUCGAGACGGCCGACCAGCCCAGUUUCACCGUGCCGAGCGGCCUCUGCCUGACCUGGUGGCAGGGGACUUGCAUGUCGCGGCUGUGCGCAAAGAGCGGCGCGCCGCUCCGGGGGCUCAACAAGACGUCGGGGUCCGUGGUCGGCGAGCUGCGCGACGUGAUCCUCAACGACUGCGUCCGCACCGGGCUCGAGGGCAUGGCGGGCGACUGCGCCAAUAUGGACGCCAAUUGCGGUUCCUACCGCCUCACCCUGGAGCACCACGGCAGCGAGGUCCUGGGCGGGCCGCCGCCGAACCCGAAUCAGCCGGCACCGGUCUCAAUGUUGCUUUAG